AUGGCACAACCAAGUUAUAAUAUUGAAGAUGUGUAUAAAGCAAUUUAUAAGAUCAAUAACUAUUUUGGUGAGUUUAAGAGAAAUGGAUUAACAUUUGAUAUAACUGACGGAUUAAUUCGCAAAUAUUGUCAAUACGGGAAUAAAUCAGGAUAUGGUAAUUGUCGUGAUUAUUUAGAAAAAGCUAGUUCUGGUGUUAUUAAUUUGCUAACAAAUUUAAAGGAUACGAAUGGUUUAGAAUAUGAUAAACUUGCCGAAUACGCUAUUUUAUGGUUACGUUAUAAACUAAAUCAAAAGUCACCAUAUAAUAGCACCAAAUUAAAUGAUUUUUAUACUAAAUAUAUAGAAAAAAAUAAGUAUUAUGAUGAGAAAAUAAAAGGUAAUGGUAGUCCGACUUAUAAGGAAAUUAUAGAUAAAAAAAAAGAUUUGAUGAAUAUUAAUGAAAUGACUAAAUUUAGUUACCCAUUUAGUAUAUUACUUUUUUUGUAUAAUGCAACUAAUGCAAACAAGUUGGAUUGCACAAAUUAUUCGUAUUAUGCUAGUGAGUUUGCUACUAGAUUUAAAGGGUUCAAUAACGAUCCUAAUAAUAUAGAAGGCAGCUCAUAUAAUAAAAUAUUGUCUACAAUAUCAAAUGAUUAUGAUAAUUUAAAAAAUAAAUAUAAUAAGAAAUCUUGCAAUUUUCCAUCUCUUCCAGAAUUAAUCCCCCAAAAAAGGCCUGAAGAAAUUUCUGAAAAAGGUUCUGCACAAAAUAUUGUAGAAAGUCCUGUAGGAAAUUCUGGACAACCUACUGCACUAAGUUCUGAAGUUACAUCAUCAAGUUCGUCGAUAUCAACCACAUUAAUUCCAGCUUUAUCGAUAGUUUCUAUAAUACCAGUUUUCUUGGGAAUUUCUUAUAAGGUAAAUAAUAAGGAAUUAAAAACUAUAAUAUUUUUGUGA